AUGAUUUUUGACACAGCCCUCACGGAUCUUACUUCCACUGGCAUUUUUUUCACCUGGAGCAACCAAAGAAAUGAUAAUCCCAUUAGCAUUAAACUGGACAGAACCCUUGUCAACGAUAAAUGGAUAGCUUCCUAUCCUAACUCAUCAUAUAAGGUUCUGAGCACCUCUAUUUCUGAUCACUCCCCGCUUAUCAUUAAUACUAAUAAUCACAUUAUUUAUGCUCACCGUUUCAUGUUCAAGAAUCACUGGACCAAAUACCAAGAUUUCUGGGAUGCUCUUGUUGAUAUUUUUGCAGUCCAACUGGAGGGUAAUCCUAUUUUAAAGCUCUAUGAGAAGGUCAGAAACCUUAAAGUGAUAAUUAAGGGUGCUAACUGGAAUUCUUCUAAUUCUAUCAUUAGUUUGAUUGAUGCUCUUACCCAACAACAGGAGAAUAUCCAGACUCACAUUGAUUUGGAUCCUCUUAAUCCUGAGAACCAUAAUAAUCUUAAAUACAUCAACUCCAAGCUGAUGUAUUACAAUUCCAUGUGGACCACCUGGUUAAAACAGAGAGCAAAAAUUAACUGGCUCAAGCACGGGGAGGAAGAUUUAAAAUUUCUUUACUCUAGGAUUCAUAGAAGAAGGGAUGUGAAGUCCAGUACUAUUGAUUGUAUCCUAACUUGCCCUUCCCAAGACCGGAAUUCCAAAAUUCAGGAUAUCAUUAGCUAUUUUAAGGCUCAGUUAAAUCAGUCUAAUUCAGCUACUGCUGACACUAGACACAUACCAAUUGGUACUGGACUUUCGUCUCACCUUGUUGAAGCCUUGAUUAAGCCUGUUACCUAUGAGGAAGUUAAAAAUGUUGUGUUUGCUGGCCAUUCUAACUCAGCACCAGGUCCAGAUGGCUAA